AUGUCCGUUCUUUUCACGAGCAUUUCAGAGAGCAAUCCCGUCAAAGCGGGCGAUGCCCAAGCUCUUCUUGACCCGCUUGGUCUGACCAUCGACUCAACCGAGGCUGAAGACUUCCAUACUCUCCUCGCGGCAGUCCACGACUGUGCCGAAGGUGUAGCCGCCUUGCCAGACUACCAACCAAUACCCGAUCAGACCAAGUAUCCGCGCGAGAAUGUGCGUCGACCAGCUGCCCACGAGCAAGUCUUCGGACAAGCAUGGGCACACCGGUUUCUGAUUCGUGGUAAUGCCCAGGGCGGGCCGUUGGCUGGUAAAUCCGUCAGUUUGAAGGAUGUAAUUGCGGUCGCGGGCGUGCCGCAGCUUCUGGGGAGUGAUAUUGUUCCUUCUUGGACUCCAAGUACGGAUGCGACGGUUGUCACGCGAUUGUUAGAGGCCGGCGCGGAUAUUCAUGGAACAUCCACCUGUGAGAAUCUUUGUCAUUCUACGUCCUCAUAUACCAGUGCCCAAGGCAUAGUAGAGAAUCCCCAUGCGAUGGGUUACUCGGCAGGAGGGAGUACUUCGGGAGGGGCGGCGCUGGUCGCGGCUGGUGUGGUGGAUAUUACUAUUGGAGGUGAUCAGGGUGGGAGUAUCCGAGUUCCCGCUUCAUUUUGUGGAUGUGUCGGGCUCAAGCCUACUCAUGGUCGCGUACCCUUUACUGGAAUUUCCAGUGGCGAUGCCAUGAAUGACCAUGCAGGCCCGCUAACUCAGACAACGUUGGAAGCUGCCACAUGUCUAGACGUCAUCAGUGGCUAUGAUGGGAUUGAUGAUAAAGCUCUCGGUAGCUCGAAGCCUGGCUCCACCAGCUUUAGACAGGUACUUCAGAAAGGCUCUGAUAGGCUGGACGGUUUCAAGGUCGGUGUUCUAGUUGAAGGCUUCGAACAUAGUGCCGUGGACUCGAGAGUCAGAGGCGCUGUAUUGGCUGCUACUCAGAAAUUCAAGGAUCUGGGAGCAAAGAUUGAAGAAGUCUCUCUUCCCGAUCACCUACAAGGGCCGGCGAUAUGGACAAUCCAACAGCGAAUCGCUGGAGCGCAGACCUUGCUGGGCCAAAAUACCGGACGACGGGGCCUCUAUAUGACCGAAAUGGAGCGUGCACGCCUUCCAUGGACCGAUGAUGGCUUCCAGCGCGCAUUCCCAUCCACAAAGAACGUUAUCAUCAACGGUCUAUAUCUCAUGCAGCAAUUCCCAGAUCUCUACGGGAAGACUGCCAAUUUUGGCCGCUAUUUGAGUGACAGGUACCAAGAACUGUUUGAGAAAUACGAUGUCUUGGUGAUGCCCACAACACCAGUUGUUGCGCCUCGACAUGGCAAACGAGAAUUGCCCUUGGACUCGCUCAAACCUAGCAUGGGACUUACCAUUAACACUGCUGUUUUCAAUGUGACCGGUCAUCCGGCACUUUCCAUACCGAUUGGGUUUGCGCCGGCCAAGGAUGAUGAUCAGGUCUUGCUUCCGGUUGGUAUGCAGAUUGUCGGUGGGCUAUGGCAGGAGGAAAAGAUCUUGCGUGCUGGCCAUGUCUGGGAGAGUCAUUAUGACUGGAAGAAGAUGCAUUUCUCUACUGACAAGAACUAG